AGAAAGACCUAUGUUUUCCCACCAAAGUCAACCGCGAGCUUCUGCUUUUUACUACUGGAGAAUCGAAUCAAGAAAAAUUCUUCCCUAUCGGUACGUGACUGACAAAUCAUAAGGAAGACGUUUGUUCGCAAAGAUAUAAAUAUCAGUCGUUCAGCAACGGAACUUUAAAUAAUUUCUUAAGUUUGUUAUUGUAUGUAAAUUUUAUUUCAAUGAACCCUGAUCCGGCAAAAUAUACAUAUUAAAUAUUUCAUUGCCACAUUUCGCAGUAGUAUAUAGAGAUACAUAGUGAGACAUGAGCAGAACAAGUCCGACUGUCAUUACUACUUAUAAAUCUUCGAGGACUCAAUCAAAGGGCUGGUAUUCUACUAGCGAGUGUGUAAAGCCCUGAUGUUGGGUCACGCCUCCUCCUGCGCACAAUUCAAUAUCCAACUUUCUUCAUUCUUCAGUCUUCAGUAUUCUUCGGUGCUUUCGGUUAAGAAGGUAUAGAAACAGAAGUUUGUGAUUAUAGUUUAUAUUUUGUUGAGGUAUUAAAAAAAAAUAUUAAAUGCUUAUAAAUUAGAAUUUUUUUACAAUACUAUUAAUAAAAUAUAAAUUAAAAAAAAAUGUCUUUAAAAAAAAUGACGUGCUUAAUUCGUUCCAUAACGAAAAAUGGAACAAACUUUUUCAACUCCAAUGUCAGAUGUGUUUCAAGUGUUUCAAAAAUGAAAGUUGUUCAAGGUUUGAAUGGAGAACAAAUUAUUCAUUCACCUUAUGAGAAUGCGCCUCUUCCAGAUUUAACUUUACCGGAAUAUGUUUGGAGAAACGUAAAUAAUUACAGCAACAAAGUAGCAUUGGAAUGUGGAAUAACCGGAAGAAAAUAUACCUAUGGCGAGGCACGCGACAAAUGCAAUUAUUUGGCAAGAAGUUUAUCUAAAUUGGGAAUAAAGAAUGGAGAUAUAGUGGCUCUUAUUUUGCCAAAUUUACCAGAGACACCUAUCGCUUUUCUCGCUUGUUUGGAAGCAGGUGCAAUUGUGACAACAGCAAAUCCUUACUAUACAGUUGAUGAACUAUUCAAACAGCUUUCUGUUGUUUCAAAGAAGCUUUCUGCUGUGAUUACUUCAACUGAAAUUGCGUCUACUGUAGCCUCUGCUCUUAACUCCAUUUCACCUAAUUGUCCAUUUAUUCUUGUUGACGAUGGAACACAAUCAAGUUUUAUGAAAUCAGACGCACUAUAUUUUAAUGAUUUAAUUGAAAAAGGAAAAUCACUCCCACAAUUACCAGCUUCCAGGAGGUCACCUAAAGAUGUAUCAAUUAUACCUUUUUCGAGUGGAACAACUGGGCUUCCAAAAGGAGUAAUGCUGUCGGACGAAAAUUUGGUUGCUAAUUUAGAAAUGUUGACAAUAUCUGUGGGAGAUGAAUUUUUUACCAAAUCAGGUGAUGAUCAAGAUAUUUUUCCAACUGUGUUACCAAUGUUUCACAUUUUUGGAAUGAAUUGUGUAACAUUUUCAAGACUUGCAGACGGUGCUAAAUUAGUCACAUUACCAAAAUUUACACCUGAAUCUUACAUUUCCACUUUAGAAAAAAAUAAGGUUACUGGAUUAUUUUUGGUUCCUCCUAUCCUUUUGUUUCUUACUUCAUCCACCCUUGCAAAAAAGCGUCACUUGGAUCAUGUAAAAUUUGUUUUUAGUGGAGCGGCGCCUCUUAGCGAUACUGAUUUUGAAAGGUUUAAGGAAAAAUUUCAAGCACCCAUUAAAUGCUGUCAAGGUUAUGGCCUAACAGAAUCAUCUCCAGCAGCAUUUAUUGAAAAGUCUGGAAAAAAAUAUGCCAGUAUUGGUAAACCUGUUAGCAGUUGUCAAGCAAGAUUAAUCGAUAUUGAGACGAAGAAAGAUAUAAGUAAACCUAACAAAGCAGGUGAAUUAUGGAUAUCAGGACCUCAUAUUAUGAAAGGUUAUUAUAAUAACGAUGAAGCAACUAGAGAAACAUUGGAAAAUGGUUGGCUCAAAACUGGCGAUGUUGCUUACUUUGAUGACGAUGGUGAUUUCUUUAUUAGCGAUAGAAUAAAGGAACUUAUCAAAGUUAAAGGUUUCCAGGUAGCACCAGCUGAACUGGAAGCUAUUUUGCGAACACAUCCUUGCAUCGCUGAAGCAGCAGUGAUUGGCAUCAAAGAUGCUAAAGCAGGAGAACUUCCAAAGGCGUUUGUUCAACUUAAGAAAGAUAAGGAAACUUCCGAAGAGGAAAUACAAAACUUCAUGAAAGGAAAAGUUUCUGAAUAUAAAGAAUUACGAGGAGGUGUGACUUUUUUGAAAGAAGUUCCAAAAAGUUCGACGGGAAAAAUUUUACGUUCUAAACUUAAAAGUAGUUAAUUAAAAAAAUAUACAAUAUACAGAAAAAGAAAAGUGUUAUGUUAACACUAACUUCUCACCUGCAACAAAUUUUAACCAGAAAAGUUCUAUCUUUUCACACUACUUAAAAUUUUCCUGCAUCAAGAAUAUUACCUUUUAUAUUCUGUGAUACACAUACGGGGUGUAUCAAAAGUCUCGGGACGGUUGGAUAUCUCUUAAGGACUUUAUUUUUUUAAAAACAUUUUUAAAAACAAUGUUAUUGAGAGCAAUUUUUCUAUCCAAACAUGUGGUGUAUAUAAUGUGGGCCUUAAAAAAUUUGUUUCUUUGCCAAAAAUUUAAAAUUUUAUCAAAGUUGUGGAACAUUUGUCGUGUUAUUUGCACAAUAACCUUAAUUUUAAUUUUCAAAGGGGAAAACAUUUUCAAGGCAUCAAUUUUUUGAGGCCGAAAGUUAAUCAAGUGUUAAACAGUUACUUCUUAAGAGAUAUCCAACCGACCAGGUACUUUUGAAACACCCUAUAUACUGUUUUAUUAAAUGCAUUUUUGUGCUUUUACAAUUUUUAACAACAAAAUGGAAUAAUGUAAAUAAUGUUAUUUGUUUUACAAUAAAAUAUAUUCUUUAUAACUUAA